AGUUGGUGUUAUUGAAAUUAUUUGAUUUAGUAGUCGGUUGACUAGACACAAGUAUAUAUUAGUUUUUCAUUUACACAAAAUGCUUACACACUUUCUGAGGGGAUUGCCUCUCUUGCGCACCGUGACAAGGAAUGCAAGCAAGACACCACCCAAGGAUGUCCCAAAGACACCUGCCAAGGAUGCCCCAAAAACUCCUCCGAAGGAUGCGAAGACACCAGCAGCUGCAGCUGCGCCUGAGAAGAAAGAUGCGGUAAAGAAAAAUGCUCCUCCCGAGGGCAUGCUAACGAAUACGAAAACCGAAUUUGGACCACUCAAAGAUUGCGAUCGCCUCUUUCAAAAUCUCUACGGACGCCACGAUUGGCGUCUCAAGGGCGCCUGCAAACGUGGCGAUUGGUAUCGCACAGCAGAUCUGCUCGAGAUGGGUCCCGAUUGGAUACACGACGAGGUGAAGCGCAGUGGAUUGCGUGGACGCGGUGGCGCUGGCUACUUUUCAGCCACCAAAUGGAAUUAUUUGAAGAGCGUCAAGGCCGACAAUAAAGUGAUUAUUAUCAAUUGUGCCGAAGGUGAGCCGGGCACUUGCAAAGAUCGCGAGAUACUGCGUCAUGAGCCGCAUAAAAUCAUCGAAGGCGCCUUGUUGGCUGGCUUCACCAUGGGCUGUGAGAAGUGCAUCGUGUAUGUGCGCAAUCGUUUCUACAAUGAGGCAUGCAACCUGCAGUUUGCCAUUGCCGAGGCGUAUCGUUACGGUUUGCUCGGUUGCAAUGCCUGUGACACUGGCAUCAAGUUUGACAUGAUGAUGCAGCGCGGCGAUCGUUAUUUGACCGGCGAGGAGACAGCGCUCGUCAAUUGUCUGAUGGGCAAGAUGGGCAGACCACGACGUCGUCCGCCAUAUCUGCACGAGAAGGGUUACUUUGAUCAUCCCUCGGUGGUGCUGAAUGCCGAGAGUGUGGCUGUGGUGCCAACCAUCUUGCGACGUGGCGCCAAGUGGUGGACAGGCUUGGGCAGAAAUUCGAAUUCGGGUACGAAAAUAUUCAAUAUCAGCGGACAUGUUGUGAAUCCGUGCACCGUGGAGGAGGAAAUGUCGAUGCCGUUGCGUGAUGUGAUUGAGAUGCAUGCCGGCGGCGUUUGCGGCGGUUGGAGCAAUCUAUUGGGCGUCUUUCCGGGUGGUUUGUCCACCCCAUUUGUGGGUCAAUGUUCUGCCGACGAUGUGCUAUUGGAUUUCGAUUGCUUGCAGUCGAUUAAUAGCAGCUUGGGCACCGGCGGCAUCAUUGUCGUCUGUCAGGAUUGUGAUCCGUUGCUCGUGAUGCAGCGUUCCAUCGAGUUCUACAUGAAGCAGACGUGCAAACAGUGCACGCCGUGUCGGGAUGGUGCCAUUUGGUUGCCCGAGAUCUUUAAGAGCUUUAGCAAGGGAGAAUCGCAUCCGCAUAUGAUUCAGUUUGUGGACACGAUUCAACAGAAGAUGCGUGGUGGCAGCUGCAUUUGUGCCUUGGCCGAGUCACAGGCGAAUGUUGCUGUAGGUUUGAUUCAGCAAUUUUGUCCACUUAUCGAACAGCGUAUUCUGGAGUAUGGAUCAAAUUGUUGACAGUUCUGACUCUGAGUAUGUGUGAGUGUCUGUUUGUUUGCCCAAUAAAUUGAAUUUGAAUUGCA